UGUUCCAAACUAUACUUCGAAGAGCAGGCUUUCAGUUAGCUAUAUGGGUGUUUAGUCCUACAGUUACUGUGAUAGAAGAAAGUUGUGUAAUUACUUCGAUUGUUGAUUUAAUUAUUAAACAUUAAAAAUGGCAACUGAUGAAAAUUCUUGGAGAACACAAAGUUUCCGACAAAGUGUAAUUGCAAAAAUAGAUGAAGCUGUACAAAUGUCUGGGAUGCCUACUGCAAAAAACAGUAUUGAAAUGGAAAAUCAUGUUUUCCAAAAAGCAAAAACUAAGGAAGAAUAUCUAGGUUUUGUGGCCAGAUUAAUUCUACAUGUCAGAGAAUUAAAUUCUAAAAAGGGCGCGGGAGGUAAUGCACCAGGUACAGGUGGUUCUGGAAAUCAGGGUAUGCCUGAUCCAAUUGGGGCAUUACAAACAUUGGCACGUCAAGGAACUGGAAACAAUCAAAUGAUGAAUAUGAGUGGACCAGGAUCUAAUCCUCAAGGAAUAAUCCCUCAACCACCAACAAAUACUGCUACCAAUUUAUUACAAAGCUUAAAUCAGCGUCCUGGACAACCUAUGUCCAUGCAAGGUAUGCAAAAUAAAAUACCAGGAAUGGGUAUGAUGCCUACUCAAACCAGCGGUCCAAUGAAUCAUAUGGGUCCAAUUCAAACUAUGCAAACCAAUUCAAUGUUAACGCAAAUGAAUUCAAUGGGUCAAGGAAAUAUACCUCAGCAAAUGACUCAAAUGGUUCCCAACCAAAUGGCACAAAUUACAACAGGUCAAAUGCAACAAAAUAUGCAAACCCAAAUGCAAAAUCAACUGUCCAAUCAAAUAGGAAAUCAAAUUAGUGGAUCUAUAAGUGGAAUUCAAACAAAUAUGCCACAGCAAAUGAAUCAGAUUACUCCAGGGCAAAUAGGUCCUGGUCAAAUGCAGCAACAAUUAAGUCAUAUGCAAAGGAAGCAAGGAGAAAUGAUAAAUGCUGGUUUCCCUGGCCCUCGAAAUGUUACACCAAAUCAAUUUCUGGGUCAGAGUCCAUCACCAUCUGCUCCAAGUCCUGCUGGUUUAGGUGCACCAUCAAGCAAUCAAAUGGUUGCAUCACCAGCAUUAGUUCCUUCACCUAGUCCACAACAUCCUAUGAUGGCAGGACCACAACGAUCUGUUGGCAUGGCACCAUCUCCUAGCAGUUCUUUAAAUACUCCUGGAGGGGUAGGAGCUACCCCAAGUCCACAACAAGAAGAUCAAGCAUAUAGAGAUAAAGUUAGACAAUUAAGUAAAUAUGUAGAACCUUUACGAAGAAUGAUUGCUAAAAUGGGAAAUGAAGGAAAUGUUGAUAAACUAAGCAAAAUGAAGAAACUUUUAGAAAUUUUAUCAAAUCCUAGCAAACGAAUGCCUUUGGAUACUUUACUAAAAUGUGAGGUAGUUCUUGAAAAAUUAGAUUUUAAACGAAAUGAUGCUAGUGUUGGGCCUCCAGUUACGACUUUAAAGGAACAUCAUUUCUUCAGUCCACUUUUAGAAGCAGUAAGCACUCAUCUCCAAAGUCCAGUUGUAAAUCAUACACUACAACGUACUUUUGGUCCGUGUCUAGAAUCUUUAUUUGGUCCAGAGAUAAAAAAUUUACCACAGCCACUAAAAAGGCAAAAGAUAGAAGAGCCUUCUAAUGAAAUACCAGACGUACUACAAGGAGAAAUAGCUCGAUUAGAUCAGCGAUUUAAGGUCAGUCUUGAUCCUGCACAACAAACUGGAUCAAAAUGUAUUCAAUUAAUAUGCUGGCUGGAUGAUCGUCAUCUUCCAUGUGUUCCUCCUGUAUCAGUAACUGUUCCCGCCGAUUAUCCUUUAACGCCACCACGUUGCGUAAUGGCACCCCAUGAAUAUGCCACAACAUUUCUUUGUGCGGUUCAGAAAGCUUUAAAUGCGCGUAUAACGAAACUUCCUCGACGUUUUUCUGUGUCUCAAUUAUUAGAUACUUGGGAAAUGAGUGUAAGACAAGCUAGCGCGCCUUCACAAAUUCCCGUUACUGCCAGUACUGUACUAAUGGGUUUGUAAUAUAUUUUUAAGUAUACGAAAUAUUUUAUAAAUACAAAAUUAUUACUAUGA